UUCAACUCUCUUACUGCGUGUCUAGGUUGCUCUACAAUUAUGGGAAAGAUCAAGAUUGGUGGAAUGAAGAUGAAGAUCAUGGAAUCUCUGUACCGACUCUUGCACCUCAUAACAUCACUGCUGCCAUCAAAAUUGCCAGCUUCUCCUCCUAAUAUUGACGACCUGGGAUCGCAAUCAUCGCAACCCCUUCCUUGUUCUUCUAAUACCACCUCAGAAUCACAAUCACCACCAGGAGGGCGACUGCCUCUAACCAUCAACGAAUCACUGCGAAACAAUGUUCUUGACGCGAAGCCGGACUUGGAAACCGAAUUAAGGAAGACACUCCUGAGUUUGUGCUUCACAGCAGCAAUUCAAAUCACGAUUCAGUACGGACAGGUUGCUGAAUCUGAAAUCCACUACUCCAUCAAUGUGAUCUCCUUAGCUAUAGCAGCUAUUUUUGCUUCUCUAUUCGUUUCACAGUUUAUUGGCAAAAAGAUUCCGACUGCGUCCACAGUGUUGGAGAAAGUUGCUUUCUUCCUAGCGGCCACAACGUUUUCCUUCGCCAUAGCAACUCCAUUCGCUCUUGGCAUCAAAUGUGCUAUAUGGGCAGUCUAUAUCAUGGCGUUGAUCGCUAUUGCCAUCUGCAAUUGCCUCUAGGCGGU